AUGGUCGCUCAAAAGUCGAUCGCUGCAUCCAACGCCCCCGUCAUAAUGUCUACCGUAGUCGAUGCUGGCAUCGCGAAUCCUCGCUCAGAGCUCCCCGAUCUUCAAUACCCUUCUGCCUCGGAGCCGGCCGACCCUCCAGCCGACCCUCCAACACCUGCUCACGUAUUUACCUUCACGCACACCGGCCCAGCAGAGGUGGUCCGAACUACACCGGUGUCAUGCACGUAUGGCCCCUUUCGUGUUUGGGGCACAUUGGGCGAGGGCGCGUACGGCGUGGCGAUGGGAGCUGAAGACGUAGCAUCGAAUCGCCUGUUGUGUCUCAAGGUCUUUCCAAAGGAGCAUCUUGAGCGCAAAUCCAGGAAAAAUGUUCUUCUGAACGAACUUGAAGCCUACAAGCGUCUUUCAUGCGCAUUGCCGUGUCCCGCGGCUGAUUUCCUCAUGGGGCUUGAAAUGUCGUUUCAGACAAAGGAUAAGAUAUGUUUGGUAAUGGACCUGAUGGCGAGCGACCUGUAUUAUUAUCUGAAACAUUAUCCUACGUACUGCGUCCGCAAUGCUCGCAGGUGGGCUGCUCAAAUGACCCUUGGGAUUAACGCUCUGCACGAGAUAGGGAUCAUCCACCGGGACAUCAAAGCCGCAAACAUCCUGAUCGACGCUCGGCAGAACGUGCGCAUCACCGACUUUGGCGUGAGUUAUGUAAACAAAGACGAAGGACCCUUGGACCGACAGGGGAAUUAUUCUUCGGAACCGGUGGGAACAACACACACCAUGGCACCGGAGGUCCUGCGCAACAAAUCCGACCCCCGUCCUUUGAAGUAUGGAGCACCCGCAGACUGGUGGUCGUUAGGCUGCGUCAUCUACCAGCUCGUUUCGAAGAAGCACGAGUCACUCUUUGUUACAAAGGACGACGUAUUUUCCUAUGUUUCUUGGUGCUCCAGCCGCGACAGAGCAUCCAAACGGUUCCCUGCCUUUGAAGAAUUGCGUGAAGAUCUCGAAGAUUUAAUCUCUGGGCUGCUGCAACCCGUCCCGUCAUCGCGAUUUGGGUUCGCUGAAGUCGUACAUCAUAGAUCGUUUGUGUUCACACCCGGCACGUCAGAGUUCACCGACGCAUACUCUCGCGCGCUUGAGCGCAAAGAAUUUCCAUCUUCGCUGCCAGACUUACGAUGUGGUCGAGAGACCAACGCAGCAGAGAUCUGGUUUCGCCAACCUUCCUGGGAGAAAUCGCGCGUUCCGAAUGUGGACUGGGUUAAGCCGGCGCUUUUUUCUCCGUCCUUAUGAUGGCCCUUCAGUCCAGUAGAUAUUUAUUUCGUUUCGAAUGGCUUCACUGUUCACUGUCACUAUGUC